AUCUAGAGUAAGGAAGCAAUUUCUGGACACAUUAGAUUCCGGACAGCUCUAUCUCGUCUUUUAGACUUGCUGCCGCUCUGAAAUUUUCACACAAUAUAACUCUAAGCUAAUUGAGAUUGCGUAGUAAAUAUGAGCUGCAUUAAGCUAGUUUUGUUCUAGUUAUCUUUAAAAGUAUUAGACGUCCGACAAUAGUCAAAUAUCGUCAGAUAAAAUCAAAUUUAGUACAUUUUAUUAGUAUUGGUAAAUACAGCAAUUGCAAGGUUGCAGUAACACUCUUACUUACUUAGUAGCCCUUCUUCUUUGUGAGGCACAAACCUUUUCCCUUCAACUUCACGUACAUGGAGCUCGAACAGAAUUUUAAGUGAAACUCUAAUUGUCGUCCACUUAUGCUCCACCCAAUACGCUGCUGCCUCGUGUUGUUUGCUGUGUCAGGUCUCAUGAGUCUCACCUCAGUUGUUUUAAUCUUGAUAACGAGGUUGAUAAGCUGUUAUUACUGUGUUUCACUCUCGGUUUCACUCGAUAAGGUGAAGUUUGUUGACAUGUCAAAAAAACCUCUAUCAGGAAGAAUACUGGUAUCUAAUUCGUUAGUAGAGGCUGACCCUUCCAAGCUUGUUAUCGAAAGACCCCAAUAUUAUUGUCAGUGGGAAGAUGUAAGCAUGAUUAAAGCAUUGAAGGCAGUGGAGGAGGAAGGUAUGUCCGUUCGUCAUGCAAGUGAACUGUUUGGUGUGCCAAAGUCUACACUGCAUGAUCGGGUAUCUGGUAAGGUUCAGCACGGAGCACAUCCUGGUCCUUCAGCUUAUCUCACGAAGGAGGAAGAAGAUGAACUUGCUCGGUUUUUACUUCGCUGUGCUGACAUUGGUUAUCCCCACACUAUUUCCCAAAUUUUAGCAAUUGUUCAGCAAGCCAUUGAUUUGAAGGGAUUGAAAAGGACAGUUACAACAGGCUGGUGGCAAAGAUUUAGUGAGAGACAUAAAGAAAUUGCUUUACGAUCAGCAGUUCCACUAUCAACAAUACGUGCUAAGGCAAUGGAUAAUGAUUCACUAAACAGAUACUUUGAUAUUCUAGAAGAUACUCUUAAGAAAAAUCGUAUUUUCAAUGAUCCUACAGUCAUUUAUAACUGCGAUGAAACAGGUAUGCCCCUGAACCCUAAAGGAUUAAAGGUUGUUACUCAUCGUAGAGCCAAAAAUGUCCAUUCUAUAUCUGGGGAUACUAAGAUGCAAAUAACUGUUUUGGCUUGUGUAAGUGCUAGUGGUACAGCACUACCACCAAUGGUGAUUUUUGACCGAAAAACUUUAAAUCCUGAGCUAAUAAGGGGAGAGAUUCCUGAAACUAUGUAUGGAUUAUCUGAGAAAGGGUGGAUAAACCAAGAGCUGUUUACGGGAUGGUUUUACAAGCAUUUUUUAGCUUUAAUUCCAAAAAAGAGGCCAGUCCUUUUAUUAAUGGAUGGUCAUUCUAGUCACUAUUGCCCUGAAGUAGUACGAUUAGCUGCAAAGGAGAAGGUCCUCUUAUUUACACUGCCACCUCAUACCACUCACCUCACUCAACCUCUUGACAGAGGUUGUUUCUCUCCACUCAAAACAUAUUGGAAGGAGCUUUGUCACAGAUUUUAUGUCAAAAAUCCUGGCAGAGUAAUUACUAGAUACGACUUUUCGGCAAUAUUUUCAGAAGCAUGGAAACUUGCAAUGACCCCUAAAAAUAUAAUGUCUGGUUUUGAAGUUGCUGGUAUUUGCCCAUUUAGCCGAAGAGCUCUUGAUACUCCUCCACCUGCAGGCCCUAAGUCUCUUCAAGAGGAAACUGGUCUGGCAUAUAUACCUCUGUACAGUCCAGCGAGACACUACUCCGAUAAAUCAUUAUCUGGCUGUUCAACACCUAGAUCUGAUAGCAAUACGUCUAUUCCUGAUGAUCAUGAUGUUUCGAGAGCUACUUCUGUCACUCAAUUUUUGGUCACACCAAUGCACCCUAGUAAGGUACCUACAAAAAACCCAAAAUCUUUUGGAAAGGUCCUUACCAGUAAGGAAAAUAUGGAGCUUAUGGAAGAGAAGGAGAGGAAAAAGGAAGAAGAGAAGAAGGAGAAAGAAAGACGGAAAGCCGAGAGAGAAGAAAAAGCAAAACAGAAAAAACUUAACAAAAAAGGACAAAAGAAUGAAGUUUAUACUGAAACACCUGAGUCUAUGUCUAUUUUGUAUGCUUCAUCUAUGAGACAUUCUUUGGAGCUAGAAGAUGAUUUUACUGAAAAGGAAUGGACCAUUUUUACUAAGCGGUAUGAAAAUGGUUAUGACUUACAAGGAGAUGACCGCUACAAUCUUUGGCUUAGUCAAUAUCAUUCUCAAUCAUUACAAAAAACACCUACUGGUCAAAGAGGAAGAGGAAGGAAGAUUGAAGAGACACUCACUGGUCAAAUUACUGUUGGAAGAGGAAAGAAGGUUGAUGAGACACUCACUGGUCAAAUUACUGUUGGAAGAGGAAAGAAGGUUGAUGAGACACUUACUGGUCGAACUACUGUGGGAAGAGGAAAGAAGGUUGAUGAGACACUUACUGGUCGAACUACUGUGGGAAGAGGAAAUAAAGUUGAUGAGACACUUACUGGUCGAACUACUGUGGGAAGAGGAAAUAAAGUUGCUGAGACACUUACUGGUCGAACUACUGUGGGAAGAGGAAACAGAGUUGAUGAGACACUUACUGGUCGAACUACUGUGGGAAGAGGAAACAGAGUUGAUGAGACACUUACUGGUCGAACUACUGUGGGAAGAGGAAAGAAAGUUGAUGAGACACUUACAGGUCGAACUACUGUGGGAAGAGGAAAGAAAGUUGAUGAGACACUUACUGGUCGAACUACUGUGGGAAGAGGAAACAGAGUUGAUGAGACACUUACUGGUCGAACUACUGUGGGAAGAGGAAAGAAAGUUGAUGGUCAGUGAUAAUAGUAUGUCAUUCAUCAUUUAAACUUUAAAUAGAGACACUUACAGGUCGAACUACUGUGGGAAGAGGAAAGAAAG